AUGGCGGGCAAUACCUCGGCGGGAGCUGGUGAAUCUUCAGCCCAAGAUCGUAGCGGCAGCCAAGAUUCUGGUGUUUCGGCGCCAAGGGGAGCGCGAACCAACCAGAGCUCGCUGAUCAAGGAGGUGCUGAAGAAUUUCACCGUCGAGAAGUUCAAUGGUGAGGGCUAUGAUGAUUGGGCCUGGAAAAUGCAAUUGUAUUUCCGUCAGAUCGGUUUGCUGAAACUAAUGAUUGGGGAGGAGCCUAGACCGAGUGACCCCACGCUGCAGGAAGAUUGGGACGAGCGCUCCUCGGCUGGCUACUACUUGAUGUCGCAGAGUUUGGAGCUGAACCAGCGUCACCACGUCAUGCACCUGCUGCCGGAGGUUGAAUGCGGUCCGAAGGCGUGGACCGUGUUGAAGGAGCUGCACGCCCCGACCUCCGUUGUCGCAACGUUGAUGCUGGAGAGGGAGCUGUCCGCGUUGCGCCUGAGCGAGGGAGAGCCGGUGCAACCUGUCCUGGACAAGAUGCGCGACCUCUACGCGAAGUUGGCGACCGCGGGAAUCACCUACCCGGAGCAGACCAAGUGCUUGAAGAUGCUCUCGCUGCUGCCUGAAUCGUGGCUUCAAUUCACGAGCGGAUUGAGCCUGCCGCAGAACCAGAGCUCGUGGACACUCGAGUGGGUGCGGACAAAGAUUGUGGAGGAGGACUUUCGUCUACGCCAACUGAGGGGUGGAGACGACGGCAGCAGCGGCUAUGGGAUGCAAGGGAGCCGACGUGGCAGAGGACGUGGCUUCGGUGGUGCUGGGCGCGGUGCAAAGAAGGACGACGACUCCAACGACCAACAAGGAGGUACCGGUUGGGGUCGCGGUGCGAAAUCUGGACGUGGGGGCAAGUCGGGUGCUGGUGGCAAAAUGAAAGGGAGUUGCUGGUAUUGUGAGAAGGAGGGGCACCCCUGGUUUUUGUGCUAUAAGAAACCCGAUGGAUGGACCCCCCAGAAUCGUCAACAGGAUGGCGGCGCGCGAAGGAACCAGAAAAACGGCGCCAACAUGGUCGCUGAUUCGUCCGACAACAACCCGAAGGGCAACGGUGGUGCGGAGAAGAAGGAGCGCACCGCGGGCCAAUUCUUCCAUGUGGGAGACAAGGGGGAGCAAGGAGACGCAUCUGCCAAGGUUGGAGCAGAGCUGCACCCCCUGGACUAUUGGGUGUUGGACACGGGCGCUGCUUGGACGAUGACGCCGCGCAAGGACCUGCUGGACGACGUACGCGCUGCACCGAUCAAUGAGGUGUUCUGUGCCUCUGGACACGCGCUGAAGGCCAACCUCAUCUCCCUCCGUAAGCUUGCCAAGGCUGGGGUGAGCACUAGCACGGAUGGGGCACGCACGUACAAGGGGCAGCUAGGAAACCGGGUGCUUUGGGAUCUGCACGAGAGCAAAGACGUGUACAGAUCUAUGUGGCAGCUGCCGGCGUUGGCGUGGCACGGCGGGAGGCAGGCUGGAGAGGGGUCUGCAUCCCAGGGGGAGUGCAACGCCGUUGGAGGGGUAGGUGUGAAAGUGUCGACGGAUUGGGCAACGGCACAUCGACGCUUGGGGCAUGUGGCAAUGCCCUUGCUGAAGCAGCUGGAGAAGGAUGGAGCCGUUAAGGGUCUGAAGCUGAACGGACAGCCACCCGAUGAUAACUGUGAAAUCUGUUUGCUCUCAAAGUUUACCCGUUUUCCCUUCCAUAGUGUGGCUGGCAGGAGCAAGAAGCCUUUGGAGCUGGUCCACAUGGACUUGGUGGAGCCGCUGCCGGUUCAGGGGCACAAGGGGGAGCGGUACUUUCUGACCAUAGUGGAUGAUUGGAGCAGACUCAUGUGGGCGUAUCCGCUGAAGCAGAAAGAUCACGCCGCCUCCACGAUUCGGGACGAUUGGCUGCCGUUCGUGGAGAAGCAAGCGGAAUGUGUGGUGAAGCGGAUUAGGACAGACUGGGGUGGUGAGUUCCUUGGAGCUGAAAUGAUGGCCUGGCUCAAGAAGCAGGGCAUCCAGAGAGAGCUGACCACGGCUUAUACCCCACAGUCGAACGGCGUAGCAGAACGGGCGAACCGGACAAUUCUGGAGACAGCUAGGGCGCUGCUCAUAGAAUCUGGGCUGAGCAAUUCUAUGUGGCCUCAUGCUGUCCGGCACGCCACCGUCGCUAGGAACAGGGUGCUCACUAAGGUUGGGGAUGACUCGUGGGUGCCUUUGGAGAGGUGGCUUGGGAGGAAGCUGCCGGUGGACAUGCUGAGGGUGUUCGGUUGCAUGGCAGUCGCCCAUGUCCCCAAGACCUACCGCAGUAAGUUGGGGGCAAGUGCAAUCUGGUGUGUGCAUUUGGGGCUGGCUGCUGAGAGCAAGGGAUGGCUGCUGUGGGAACCAUCCAAGGGUGUGUUGUUUGACAGCAGGGAUGUGAAAUUCAUUGAGGCCAUGAUGUAUGGGAGCUGGGAGAAACAGCCGGAGGCCCGGGUGUCCCAGCAGAUGGAGCAGAUCACCAUGCAGCUGGACCUGACUCCUAGUGUGUGGGAGGAGGGAGAGGAGGCAGCUGCGGGGAAUGGUGAUGGAGAGAAGGUACAGGAGGCACCUGCUGGUGGAGAAAAUGGUGUGGAAACUGGCGGCAGCACUAGUGAAGCUGCUGGAUCCAAGGGAGGAGAGCAGCAGCAGGGGAAAACUAAGAAGCCGAAGGGUGUCGUUAUGAAGGGAUGGGAGACACCCGUCUCCAGGCCAGGACGCACCCGUAUGGCUACUAAGAAGCUGACUGCAGGAUCAGGUGUAGCAGAGCAGCAGCUUGGGACCGAGGAGGCAAUGCUGAUUCUACCUCAUGGCUAUGACCCGGAUGAGGAGGACGAGCCUGCGUACUGUUUUCUUGCCCCUGCACCAGAGGAACCAGCUAGCAUGGAGGAGGCAUUAGCUGGACCAGAUAGGGACAAGUGGCUGGCUUCUAGGGAUGCUGAGUACCAGAGCCUGCUGGAGAAUGGGACAUGGGAUCUGGUGGUGCUGCCUGAUGGGAAGAAAGCGAUACAAUGCAAGUGGGUGCUGAGGAUCAAGACCGAUGACAAGGGGCAGGUCACCAUCUACAAGAGUAGGCUGGUGGCGAAGGGGUUUAUGCAGAAGGAGAAGCAGGACUUCAACGAGAUCUUUGCUCCCACUGCCAAACCCCCUACCCUCCGUGUCUUGUUGGCAGAUGCAGCUGUUAGUGGAAAAUUCAUCAUUCAGAUGGAUAUUUCAACGGCAUUCCUGAAUGGGAUUUUAGAGGAGGAUGUCUACAUGACGCAGCCGCCUGGGUAUGAGGAUGGUACGGGCAGGGUGUGCAAGCUCAACAAGUCCAUCUACGGCUUGAAGCAGGCGCCACGCUGCUGGUACCAGAAGUUGGCAACUGUUUUAGAGGAGAUGGGAUUCAGGACCAGCAGCUGUGAUGAGAGCCUCUUUCUCAAGGGCAAGGGGGAGAAGCUGGUGCUGUUUCUGGUCUACGUGGACGACAUUCUUCUCUUCAUCACCAGCAUGAAGGAGAUCCAGAAAGUGCAGCAGCAAUUGAUGGAAAACUUCAAGUGCAAGAACCUUGGGGAGGUAAAGUACUACCUCGGGAUGCACGUGGAGAGGGAUCCUGAUCACAGGUGGUUGAAGCUGCACCAGGAGAAGUUCAUCAAGGAGCUGGGGGAGAAGUAUGGGAUUGAGAAUGAGCGCAAGGUUGCAACUCCCCUGCCAGCAGAAUUCAAGCUUGUGAAGGCUGCAGAGGAUGAAGGGGUUGAAGCCGAGGAGCAGCAGCAAUUUCAGUCCUUGGGUGGUGCAGAAUCCAUCAGAGGAGCAGGUGGAUGCACCUGA